AUACAUGAAGCCCCCAAAAGCAACUUGCGUUAGGAGUCACAAGAACUUUUACUGCCCCCUACACCAAAGUGAAUUUUUUUUGACAAAAUGAUAAAUAUCAUUAAUAAAUUCAAACCCAAUAAUAUCAGUAUUGUUGAUUGAGCUAAAUCUUAGACAUCAAAAUAAACUAAUUAAAACUAUAUAAUAUAAAUACAUACAAACCCCCCACAUGAAUCUAAUAAAACUCACCUACCACCUUCCACUGCCAUUGCCUUCACGAGUGCUUCAUUUCUCCCCCCUCCUUUUUCUCUUCCUCCCACCCCAUCUUCACAUGCAUCACCCCCCAUUAUCUCCUUAGAUAAGAUACAACGAUUGUUUAUUCUCCUUCCACAAAACCAUAGUACACACACAACAACAACAAAUCACAAGAUUCUUUUACAUUGUUCUUUUUCAAGAUCAUAUAAAUAAAUCUUUUUCACAAACCACUUCAAGUUCAAACCUUUCCUCAAAAACAAUCCAAACCCAUUUCACCCAUUUAACCAUAAAUCACAAAUUACCACUCAACUUCCCAUUUACAAAUGCUGAACCAACUCAACUCACUCAACUCGUCCACCAACUCACUGAGUCAACUCACUCAGAACAUGUUCUCCGACAACAACAAAAACAACAUCAUCAUGCUCACAGCCAUUGUUUCUCUUCUCCUAGUAAUCCUCUUCGUCCUCCUUCUCCACGUGUAUGCAAAAUUGUUCUUAUUUCAACCCAACUCACAAUCACGUGCUCGCCGCCGGCAAGCUCCGGCGACCAUCUCCGACCUACCAAUUCCUUCCAGCUUCCACCACUUCAACAUCGAAACCCCACAACCUAUUUCAACAAAAGGACUCGACUUUACAGUAGUUUCGACGAUUCCCACGUUUGUGUCGGACGAAAAAACAGAGGAAUUAGAAUGUGUGAUUUGUUUGAGUUGUAUUGAAGAGGGUGAGAUUGGAAGGAAAUUACCAAAAUGUGGACAUGUUUUUCAUGUUGAGUGCAUUGAUAUGUGGUUGAAUUCACAUUGUAAUUGUCCCAUUUGUAGAGAUUCUAUUGUUGAUGUUGGUGUGAUUGAGAUUGUGAUAGAUACUCCAAGUUAUGAGAGUGGUUCUGUUUCUGUAACAGAAACUUCUUUGUCUUUGUUUGGUUUCAAUUUUAAGAGAAUGAUAAGUAAAGUUUUUAUGUCUUCUAAUGUACACGAAUUAGAUGCUUCACAAUGAGAUCCAUUUUUUUUUCUUAGAA